GGGGGUGGCGGCGGCCUCGGCGGGCCGGGGGCGGCGGGGGCGGCGGGGAGGCCGCCGCUGGGCCCGGAGGCGGCGCCGCUGCUGUCGCACGGCGCGGCGGUGGCGGCCCAGGCGCUGGUCCUGCUGCUCAUCUUCCUGCUGUCUAGCCUGGGCAACUGCGCGGUGAUGGGGGUGAUCGCGAAGCACCGGCAGCUCCGCACCGUCACCAACGCCUUCAUCCUGUCGCUGUCGCUGUCGGACCUGCUCACGGCGCUGCUCUGCCUGCCCGCCGCCUUCCUGGACCUCUUCACGCCGCCCGGGGGCUCCGCGCCCGCCGCCGCCGCGGGGCCCUGGCGCGGCUUCUGCGCCGCCAGCCGCUUCUUCAGCUCGUGCUUCGGCAUCGUGUCCACGCUCAGCGUCGCCCUCAUCUCGCUGGAUCGCUACUGCGCCAUCGUGCGGCCGCCCCGGGAGAAGAUCGGCCGCCGCCGCGCGCUGCAGCUGCUGGCGGGCGCCUGGCUGGCGGCCCUGGGCUUCUCCCUGCCCUGGGAGCUGCUCGGGGCGCCCCGGGAGCUCCCCGCAGCGCAGAGCUUCCACGGCUGCCUCUACCGCACCUCCCCGGACCCCGCGCAGCUGGGCGCGGCCUACAGCGUGGGGCUGGUGGUGGCCUGCUACCUGCUCCCCUUUCUGCUCAUGUGCUUCUGCCACUACCACAUCUGCAAGACCGUGCGCCUGUCGGACGUGCGCGUGAGGCCCGUGACCACCUACGCGCGCGUGCUGCGCUUCUUCAGCGAGGUGCGCACGGCCACCACCGUGCUCAUCAUGAUCGUCUUCGUCAUCUGCUGCUGGGGACCCCACUGCUUCCUGGUGCUGCUGGCCGCGGCCCGCCAGGCCCAGGCCGCGCAGGUCCCCUCGCUCCUCGACGUGGGGGCCGUCUGGCUGACCUGGGCCAAUGGGGCCAUCAACCCUGUCAUCUACGCCAUCCGCAACCCCAACAUUUCGAUGCUACUAGGGCGCAACCGCGAAGAGGGCUACCGGACUAGGAAUGUGGACGCGUUCCUGCCCAAACAGGGCCCUGCUCUGCAAACCAGAAGCCGCAGUCGCCUUCGAAACCGCUAUGCCAACCGGCUGGGGCCCUGCAGCAGGAUGUCCUCCUCCAACCCGGCCACCAGGGCCGGAGGAGAUGUGGCCAUGUGGGCCCGCAAGAAUCCAGUUGUACUUUUCUGCCGCGAAGGGCCGCCCCAGCUUUUGACAGCUGCGGCCAAGCAACCUAAAUCCGAAGCCGGGGAUACCAGCCUCUAAGGCAGGUUGGGAUGGGCAGCUUGUGAAGGCGAGUUUCCCCCUGCCUCGUUUAAUAAUACAGGAUUCGGAGGAAAAUCGUGAGAUUUCAUAAGGCCAAACGUUUAAAACUAAAGAGAUGGGGAAGGUUACCACUUCCCCAGACAACAUAAAAGACAAUGUUCCCUUCUUCAAAAGUGCCAAAAGGAAUGUAAAAUGCAAACAGUUAAAACAAUCUUAAACCACA